UCCGCCCUCCCUUUCUGGACGCGGCUUCGAGCGUUUCUACCAAUCAAACCAUGGAUGGGCGGGGCAGCCCUUCAGCACCCGCCUCUGUAAGUGGGCGGGGACUUGAGGAAUCAGUCCCUUGGAAGUAGCGUUUCGAAAAAGGGUGUAGGGGUCUUGCACGCAGCGGAUUUGCACCGGUACUGCUGGCUUUGGGCAUCCUAUUCUUGACCUCCAACAUGUCCCAAUGGCAACAGAUUCAGAUGCUGGACAGUGUCCAUUUGGACCUGGUGCAUUGUCUUUAUGCAGAUGACUGCCUGCCCAUGGAGGUGCGACAGUACUUGGACUACUGGAUUGAAGAGCAGAACUGGGGCGAAGCAGCACAAUCAGAUUCCUCGCAAGCCUGUUUCCUUUUCCAUAUCAUGCUGGCCAUGCUGGACGAUCAGUUGGGACGUUUUGUGUUGGAUGAAGAGAAUAAUUCCAACAUGGUGCUCAAGCACAACCUGCGCCGCUCCAAACUCAACCUGCAGGCCAAGUACCAAGAGAAUCCAUCAGAGUUGGCUAGCAUUAUAGAUGGUCUGUUGAGAAAUGAGCGAGCUAUUCUACAAGCUGCCUUGGCCAGCUCUCAGCAGGCAAGGGUGGAGGCCCCACCUGAUGCCUCUGUGACCACCAGCCACCAGCAGAACAUUGAAGAGCGGCUAGCAGAGAUGCGGAAGGCGAUUCAGGGCCUGAAAUGUUCCAUCGAUCACAUUGAGUUCCUGCAGGACACCUUUGAUUUUCGUUACAAGACAUACAAAAUGCUGGAAAAUGCCAUGCCUCCCGACCCCACUCUACCCCAAAAAAACCAGGAGCUGCAAGUCAUGAUAAAUAACCUGGACUGUUGCCGCAAGGACAUGUUAGCUCGAAUCGAUGAACUUCUGGGCCGCUCUAAUACCCUGAGGAACCUUCUGCUGGAAGAGCUCAAUGCGUGGGCAGAUCGCCAGCGACAGGAGUGUAUGGGGGCCACGUGCAAUACCAGCUUGGGACAACUGGAGAAGUGGUUCACGGGCAGUGCUGAGGUCCUCUUCCAUUUACUGCAGCUCCUGCAGACACUAGAGGAGCUACGUUUGAAAAUAUCCUACGAGCGAGACCCCCUGGUGAUCCAGUUACCUCGACUGCAAAAGCGACUACAAGAGCAAAUCUCCUGCCUCUUGAAAAGUGCGCUCGUGGUGGAGAUUCAGCCUACCAUGCCCUACCCCAACCGCCGGCCUCUGGUGCUGAAAACGAGCCAGAAGUUCUCUGUCCGUGCCAGGCUCCUGGUGAAGCUGUUGGACCGUAACCAGCCGAUGGAAGUGCAGAUCGAGAUUGACAGGGACUCUGCAAAUUUGAGAGGGUUUCGGAGGUUCAACAUCUUGACGUCAAACUCCAAGACCAUGGUAAUGGACCGGCCCCAGAUGGAAGGACUUGUUUGUGACUUCAGGCACAUUGUAAGGGGACUGAUAUUGACACUGAAGGAGCAGAAAAUCGGUGGCUCCGGCAAAGGCAAGGGCGGCAAAGGAGCCAACGAGGGUGCAUUGCCUGUCACAGAGGAGCUGCACAUCAUCACUUUCACCCUGGACUACUGCUACCAAGGACUCCAGUUCCAGCUGCAGACAUCCACCUUGCCUGUUGUGAUCAUCUCUAAUAACAAUCAGAUGUCCAGUGCCUGGGCCUCCAUCUUGUGGUUCCUCAUGCUGAGUACAGACACAAAGAACCAGCUUUUUUUCCCCAACCCACCAGCUGCUACCUGGGCCCAGCUGUCAAGGGUGCUGAGCUGUCAAUUCUCCGCCGCUACCCAGCGAGGCCUAGAUCCAGAUCAGAUCAAGAUGCUGGGAGAGAAACUCUGUGGGCUGAAUGCAACACCGCAAAGCACCAUCACCUGGGCCAAGUUCGCUAAGGAUCUUACUCCCAGCUUCUCCUUCUGGACCUGGCUGGAUGGGAUUUUGCUCCUGAUUCAGGAGCACCUGUUGGACCUCUGGAAGAAUAAUCUCAUCAUGGGAUUUGUGAGCCGCAAGCGUGAGAAGCAUUUGCUGAAAAGGAAGCGAGCAGGCACCUUCCUGCUGCGGUUCAGCGAGAGUAGCCAGAAUGGUGGCAUCACAUGUACUUGGGUGGACUACAACAAUGAUGGUUCCCCCAAGUUCUGCUCAGUCGAGCCCUACACCAGAGAUGAGCUGAAGUCCCUAGCACUGCCUGACAUCAUCCGUGACUACCAGCUCCUGGCUAAAGAGGACAUCCCUGAGAACCCACUCCAGUAUCUCUACCCUGACACUGCCCGGGAUGAAGCCUUUGGGCCUCACUACAGCGAGCGCCGGGAAGCGGAUCUGAUGGAACACAGGAAAUACCUGAACCGCCGCCUGAUUAGAGUCUCCUCUAGGCAACCAGAAGAGUCCCCAGCUGUGGAGGUGAAUGGUACACUCCCUGUAGAUGACAUACCAUUGGCUGUGGAAGAUGUGUUGCUGAAUGGAAUAUUCCCUGUUGAAAAUGCAUCGUUCUUGAAUGAUAUUGUGGAAGAAGUGAACCUUGGAAUGGAAGGCCUUAUGUCUGACAGGCAAGACCCCUUCCUCCUCCAACCUGCAAGUGAGGAGCAACAUCUGCUGAAUCAGGUGGUGUUUGAAUCACCUGACGAGUUCCCGGAUCUGCACUUGACUGAGGAGGAUUUCCAAGAUUCAGCUCCCUUGUAGCAGCAAUACUCGAUCCACAAGCUGCCGACUUUUGGAAAUAAAGAUAGUCCCGCAGAAUGACCAUGCCAUCUGCCAAGAUGGAGGCGUAGUGGAAGCGCUGUUCCCUUGCCUGUGGAUCAUGGCUUUUCUAAGACCCCGACACAAAGCAGAACUUUCUUGUUAAUUUCCCUGCUCAUGUCAGCCGCUGAAAUCAAGUGUUGCUUCCAGACCAAGUCUCAUUUGGGUCCUGAUGGUGAGAAAUGAACAAUUAAAGAGAUUUGGCUCUUGUAUGUCUAUAACCCCCACCCCACUCCCAACCAUGAAGUGUAGCUCAAAAAUGUACAUGUUGGAUUUCUUUUUAACUCCUUGCUUUUGCUUGCAAAAAUCCUAAAUCCUAAAAAGAAAGUCUUCCUAUUGUCUAAAAAGCCAGUUUGGCAUCUGUGUGAUACUCAUCUGCCUGGAUGGAAGCUGAAGGUUCCAGUCAUGGGUAACCUGUAUGGGUUAACAGUGCUGUAACAACUUGGAUUUGACUGGGAAAGAAAAUAGUAUGUGGUUUGGAGCUUGCUGAGAAUGGUUGCAAAGGAAUUUCUGGCUGACAAGCACCUUUUUGGAAUCUUGGGGUGCUGGAUACAUGCUGCUUGGAGGCUGUCAUUUCUUGCUUGUAUAUGGCUGCAUAAGCCCUGCCUGCUGAAACUGUAUAUUUGUAAAUAAAUAUGUACACCCCCCUCCAAAAAAGCACAAAAAUAUCACACACAA